AUGCAUCCGGAUAUACAGUUGAUUCGACAGUACGCGUUCGAAUUUUCCCGGUCCUCACCAGGAACUAGCUCAAUACGUAAGAUAGACCUGGACACUGCACUUCAAUACGGCAGUGCGCAGGGCUAUCCGCCGCUAUAUGCGUGGCUCCUGAAAUUGUCGAAUUCGGUGUAUCAUCCAAACAUCCCGUACCAGGGUGGUGCUGAUAUUCUGAUUAAUGGUGGAUCGGCAGAUGGACUUUCCAAGAUCUAUGAACUCCUUUUCAACAACUAUGACGGAGAUCUGAACGACGUCCGAGAUCGAGAGGGUCUGAUCGUUGAAGAAUUUGUGUACUCGCCGCCAAUCACCCAAAUUCGACACAGAGGUGUCAAUAUUGUUCCAAUCAGAAUGGAUUCCCAGGGCAUGCUGGCGUACGGCGCUGGCGGUCUCUCAGAAGUUCUUCAAAAUUGGGACUCCGCCCGAGGAAAGAGACCGCAUGCCCUAUAUAUUAUUCCUACGGGUCAAAAUCCAACCUCCGGUGUCUUGUCCUUCCAAAGACGCAGAGACAUAUACCAAAUCUGUUCGCAGUUUGAUCUCAUACUGAUCGAAGAUGAUCCGUACUGGAACCUUUACUACCCUUCAUCUGGAACGACAGGACGUGGAGUGAAUUCUAAGAACAUGUUUCCUGAGGAUUCUAAUCAUAAUUAUAGCACACAGUCUCUAGGAGGCCAGUCCACUGGGUUUCGCUUUCUCGACGAGAUUAUUCCGAGCUUUCUGAGCAUUGACCUGGAUGGACGUGUCAUUCGGUUGGAUUCUUUCUCGAAAACUAUCGCCCCAGGAUGCAGGCUGGGUUGGAUAACUGCUCAGCCGAGCAUAUGUGAGCAAUUGUUCAGGAUUACCGAUGGAACAACCCAACAACCUUCUGGCUUUACCCAAGCUAUAGUUGCCCAGUUACUCGGGGAAUUCGGGAAUACUGAUCCUACAGUUGUCGAUGCUGCAAAAUCAUCGAACGGCUGGGGCUUAGCUGGCUGGGUUCGUUGGCUCGAAGGCCUUCGCUCCAUCUAUGAACGGCGGAUGACCAAGAUGGCCACAGUCUUUGAAGACAAUAGAUUUGCGGGCUUUGAGACAGGUGAGACUGAGAUGUUCACUUUCAGUUGGCCUAAGGGGGGAAUGUUCAUCUGGGUGCAGGUCAACAUCUCCAACCAUCCCUUAUUUUCUUCUAUCGACCCGAAGCGUCUCAUGUUUGCCCUCUGGAUUCACUGUACCCAGCACCCCUACCUGGUAUUGACGAAUCCCGGAGGAGAUUUUGCAGCUAACGAAGCCGUAAAGGAGGAAAAGGGGUACCUGUUCCUUCGCUUCUGCUUUGCAGCGGUCGAGGAGGAUUUGCUGGAAGUGAAGUCGCGAUCAUUCGUCGAGGCUUGUAGAAAAUUCUGGUCACUAUCUUACGUGAAAGACAUUGACUUCAUUCUACGUGAAGAAGACGCUUUAAAUGGGAUGAGAAAGUCAUCUUCGGAUGCCGCUGAAUUAGACAGAGAGGUCAUAGAAACCUGGUGA